AUGGACGUGCCAGUAGCAGCUAAUGUGUUUGGUAUAAUGGGAGCUGUCUGCUGGUCCAUCCAGUUGAUCCCCCAAAUCGUCAUCAAUUACCGUCGACACAGUACGACUGGACUCCAGCCUACGAUGAUGAUGCUCUGGGCAUGGGCUGGCGUCCCCUUAGGCGUGUACAACAUCACUAAAGAGUUCAAUAUUGCUCUACGGAUACAGCCUCAAAUCCUCACACUUCUAAGUCUAGUUACGUGGAAUCAAUGCUAUUACUACGAACGGAACUGGUCAAUUCUUCGCUCCCUCGCCGUUGUCGUUCCGGUAGCGUGUGUAAUGGGUGCCAUCCAGGCUGGUCUCAUACAGGCUGUUAGUCAUGCUAAGCAAAGGGAUAUGCACUGGCCAGGUAUCCUCAUGGCUGUGGCUUCCGCUGCCCUUCUUGCGGCUGGUGUCCUUAGGCACUAUGUGGAUGUCUAUCUUUACCGCACUGUUCGAGGCAUAUCGUUUGUCUUCGUGGGAAUCGAUGCCCUUGGAGACGUAUUCUCACUCGUCUCUGUAAUCUUUCAGCCCAGCCUAGAUGUCCUAGGCAUGGUUAUCUAUGGUACUGAGUUAGUGCUUUGGGCAGGUGUCUUCAUAUGCGGAGCGUACUAUAACCUCAUUCCUUGGAUCGUCGCGGUAUGGGAGAGAAGAAAGAGUAAGCAGGCUGCAGUUGCAGUGGUCGCGUCUGGCAUUACACUUCACAGUCUGCCUUCUAGCACUUCGGUUUUCAGGACGCCUUCAGGGGAUAUCGAAGUCACACGGCAGCGUAAUCACCUGCCGUCUAUAGGCGCGUAG